CUUUUCAAGGCCGGGCGGGUGCGUGGCGCGGCUCGUGCGGGGCGGUGAGGGGCGAGCGAUACUAUGGAAGAAGGAAAAGAAAUGUCAGCACAUAGCCUGAGUUGUAAGACUGAAGAAAAACUGGAUAUUUGCAUGAGCAAUGUUUCAGACUUUACUCUUCUGACUGAUGAAAAGUUUGAUUUUGACCUUUCACUCUCUUCAACAAGUGGAAAUGAAGAUGAAGUUUUUAUUGGACCUGUGGGACACAAAGAAAGAUGCAUUGCUGCCAGUAUUGAGGCAAAAAAGAGUGAGUCUGCUUUUGAUGAAAAACUCACAUGGAGCCCACUUCAAGGAGACAAAUUUGUAGAAAUUUUCAAAGAAGCUCGUUUGUUGGCACUGCAAAUAGAGACUGGAAGCAAGGACAAGGAGACCAAAAUAACCCAAUCAGAAGGACAGGAAAACAAGAUAGUAGAAACAUUUGUGGAGGACUCAAAGUCGAAGUUGAAGAUACUGAGAAAUAAAAAUAUAGAAAUAAGUCCCAGGCCUGCUAAACGGGAGACAUACUGUGUGCAAGAUAGCUCAGCAUGUCAGCUGCCGCCUUGUUUUCAGAAAGCAUCACAUAAACUUUUGUCAGAUGGCGAAGUUUGUGCUCUUCCUGCGCCUAACAGAAGCCCUGUUAAAAUUUCUGUAUCUCCUACAAAAAAUGCUGAUUUGCCUCUGACAGAGGAUCAGAAUAUCAAGGAAACAAAUACAAAGGCAACUAGCAAACUACCAAUGGCAAAACCUUCAUCUACUCUUGGAAAUAGCAAUUUGUUGACAAUUGACAAGCUCAAAAGAGGAAAACCUACUAGUAUUUCUAUAAAAAGAGACUUGAACAGCAUGGGAUCAUCUGAAGAUGUAAUUUCUGAUAAAUCUAGUAUUACUUCAGAUGUCUUUGAGUCAUCAUUCAGCAGCAGUUCCUCAGUGCAAAAUACGAAAGUCCUUCCUGCACCAAGUAAGCCUGGCUUAAGGAAGAUGACAUAUCUGAAACGUCCUGGUAUUGCCAGUGGUCUCACAAGAAAGACUACUUCAUCAUCUUCAUCAUCAGUUUCCAGCAUGAACUCAAGUCUUAAUUCAAGUUUACCCAUUUCUCCUAUUGACAAAAAAGGAAAAGCAAGCACGUCAUUAAAAGCUAGUGUGAGUGGCUCUAAGCUGCCAUCUAGUAUGAGCAGGUUGGCCCUUGUCAGACCUACCACAGUGCCAUCUCUGCAGACUGCCAACACUGAGAAAUCCAGGAAGCAAGUGAGAUCAGCAAGUACUCCCAAAAUAUCUAGUGCUGUAAGCUUGGCUAAAUCUUCAGCUUCUGCAACAUCCUGUGAGGCUGCAGGCAGUGGAAUUCAGAGACCAAGCUCUGUUGCCAGUCUGCAGCAGCUAUGUCAACAGAAUAAAGAUGGAAGUUCAACAAAAGGCAGCCUUUGUYCAACGCCUAAGGCUAGAGUUCUGUCUGUUUCUACAAGUCAAACUAAGGCUCCUAUGAAGACUUACGAUGCAACGCCAAACAAAUCAGGACCAAAAGCAACACCAUCUCUUGGAUUAACAUUUUGUGGCACCCCUGGAAGUGCCAUGGCAGUCAGCACUCCUAUGAAAGCCUCAGAAGAUAAGGUCUUCCAGAGUUUUUGUUUUCCUGAGAGGUCUGCCACCAUGACUCCUGCCAGUGUGAAACGGUCUGGCCUACCUACACCUGUCCGUCGCAGCUCAGGAUUCCCACCAGUGACACCUAAAACUGUACCAAGAGCAGCAUUUUCUCCACAUGCUGCAUCUCUUCGGCAAAGCUUCAGUUUCUCUACCAAAAAGACUCUUACAGCUGGCUCUAAGCAGAAACAAGAGAGUAAGACACAGACAUCUUCUGAAGAUGAUACAUCUCCUCCACCUGUGCUACCUCUUGCACUAAACUUCUCACCAGAGAAAACUGCUACAGAAGGAGUAGAAAAUGCAUUAAAAGAGGCUGAAGUACAAAAUGAGCUGACUGAAGUACAAAAUGAGCUAGCUGAAGUACAGAAUCAGCUGGCUGAAGAAAAACAACCUGAGGCCUUACUGCUAGAUACUGGAGUAGACAAAUCUCUCCCAUACACUUCUGAAUGUGACAGUAGACCUUUGAUUGACCUUUCCAAUACUCCUGAAGUGAGUAAGAUUAUUUCUCCAAAGCCUGUACUGUCUGGACAGAUAAAGCUAAUUGAUUUGAGUUCUCCUCUUAUCACUCUGAGCCCUGAUGUAAACAAAGAAAAUCUGGAUUCCCCUCUACUCAAGUUCUGAAUUUGAACUGAAAUGAAGAAUUCUUGGCAACUGUGAUCCUUGAAGUGUUUUAGGUGUUGUUCUCUACUCUUCCAGUUUUUUGAAGAUGGCUUUAGAUUGUCUGAUGAACUGCAUCAACAAAAUAGAAUUCUAACAGUCUUGAUAAAGUCAGAGUCUGAUAAUGGUUUUGUUCAUGGAUGUGCUGCAAUGGAUAUAUUUUAACUGUGUUGCUCUAAUGCAAAAAAAUGGAUGUUCUCUGGAUUGCAAACCUGUCUCCUUGGUUCCUACCAAGUGUCAUUUGAUUCUUUUCCUCUAUGUACAACAAAGUUUUAAUUUAAAAUAAAU